GUCCGUGGGGGUUGGCGGUGUCUGUGGCGAGCCGUCGCCGUGCCGAGAGGGAGGUGACGGUGUGUUGGAGGGUGUGCGGCCUGACACAAGAAAGCCGCUGCAGGAGCGCGGGGUGGGGGCGAAGUGAAACGACAGGAUCCAUUCCGCUCACCCCAAAGGGCUUGUGUCGGGCCGAGCUCGCCCCCGCCCCCUCCGCUCCGUUUAUACCUCGGCUCCGCUCCUGUUUACUUUCGCCAUUUUCAGAUUGGUCACGAUGCAGAGGUCGCCAUGAUGAAGAUUAAAGUUAGGCCCAUUUACGCGAUGCCCUGUGGAAAAUCGGUUGGCACAACCAGCCACGUCGUUCCCAUUGAGCUGCUGGAAGCUGAUGCUGGAAAAUCCAGACAUGGAAAAGAAGUCUGCGCGAUCCUCUUCGGCAGGGCCCACCAAGGCGCCGCCCGCGGACAGUAAAACCAAACAAGAUGGUAAAUCUGGAAAUGGAUCAAAACGCUACAACAGAAAACGAGACCCAUCUUUUCCCAAGAAUGAAAAUGUUUCCAACCAGACCCGCCGCUCCUUUCCACAGAAAAGCAAAGCUUUUGACAAGAGACCCCCUGCACGUGGUGCCAACAAAUCCUUUAGCACUUCUGGUAAUGGUGGUCGACGGGAGGAGGUAGCAGAGGUGCGAAGGGCAGAGUUCAGCCCUGCCCAGUUUACUGGUCCCAAGAAGAUAAGCCUAAACCACUUGUUAAAUUUUACUUUUGAACCUCGUGGACAGUCGGGCUCACUAUGUGAUGGUGGUUCUUAUGGACGCUGGGGUAAAAGAAACAAAUGGAGACUGAAGCAUAAGCCAUUCAACAAGGAGCAGUUUCUCCAGGCCAACUGUCAGUUUGUGGUUUCUGAAGAGCAGGACUACAGUAUUCACUUAGCUGACCCAGAUACGUUGGUGAACUGGGACUUUGUACAACAGGUGCGUAUCUGUAGUCAUGAAGUCCCCUCGUGCCCAAUUUGUUUGUAUCCGCCCUCUGCUGCAAAGAUAACUCGCUGUGGACACAUCUACUGUUGGGCAUGCAUUCUUCACUAUCUGUCCUUGAGUGAGAAGACCUGGGGCAAAUGCCCUAUCUGUUAUGAAGCUGUCCAUAAAAAGGAUCUAAAGAGUGUGAUUGCCAUGGAGACUCACCAGUAUAAUGUGGAUGAUAUGAUAACCAUGCAGUUGAUGCGCAGGGAGAAAGGCACUCUGAUGGCUUUACCCAAAUCUCUGUGGAUGAAACCCGAAUCAUUUCAUUUGGGAGUAGAUGACGAACACGGCCAGUACUCAAAACUCCUUCUAGCAACAAAGCAGCAAGUUAUGCAGCAUGUGAUAGAAAAAGAGAGAGCAGCUUUACUGAGACAGUAUGAAGAGGAGAAAAGUACACCCGAAUCUUGCUUCAUUGAACUGGCGUUGCAAGAAUUAAAGAAUCGUGAGCAGGAGUUGCUGGGACCUCCAGAGAAGGAAGUUCUUGACACAAUGUUCAAACUUGAGGAAUUGAGCAUUGAUUCAGCUGCUGUUGUAGAAAACGAGGGUGAAACGUCCAUAGGUGACAAGAACCAACAUGUAUUGGCCUAUGCAUCUGCAUUUGAUGAAAUUAUUGAAGAACCACAAGAAGAGGCCCCUGCUACAUGCUGUGCUACCUUGAAUGAGUUGGUCACUCUUCCGGAAGCAGUCAAUGAUUGUGAAAUGGAAGAAGGAGCUUGUGGUGAGACUGAAUGUGGACAGGCAGAACUAGAACUUUCAGCUGAUGAUGUUAGAGGUUCUUCUGCAAACUACUACUAUUAUUUCUACCAGGCGGAGGACGGGCAGUAUUUGUUUCUGAGUCCAGUUAAUGUGCGAUGUCUGGUGAGGGAGUAUGGUAGUCUGGAGAACUGCCCUGAGAAGAUCACUGCUCAAGUGGUAGAGAUUGUUGGGCAUUCAAUGACUGAGGAUGUACGACACAGACACCGCUAUUUAUGUCACUUGCCGCUGACCUGUGAGUUUGGCAUUUGUGAGCUGGCUUUGAAACCUCCCUUGAUUUCUAAAGAAACAUUGGAUGCUUUUUCAGUUGACUUGGACAGAAGGAGAUGUCUUCGCCUGAAAAAAGCUCGGGAUGAACGUCGAAGGGAACGUAGGAUUGAAAUGGAAGAAAAUGAAAAGCAAGGCAAAUAUCCAGAAAUACAUAUUGGACUGGAAAACUACCAGCAAUUCCCAGCUUUUGGCUCUACAGAGAGUGCACAAUUUAUCCCUUCCUUUACUUGCCCUGACGAUGAUCCUCUGCCUAGAGUCAGUCUUUCAGCCAGCACAACCCUAAGCAGCAGUCCAAAUUCUUUGCCAGAAUCAACAUUGAACCCAUCAGCUCCUGUGUUUAGUCCAGGGAGUCCUUCUCUGUGUGUUGGUAGCAUGGAGGAGGAUGUACACUUCCCUUCAUUUGCUCAGAUGCUGAAGGAUGGGAAGGCAAAAGCUGAAGUGUGGCCCAAAGUAACUCCAAGAAAAGCAGAAACAAGUUUGAUGCCCCCAGCAGAUAGUGAUGGAGAAAGUGAUAUCUCUGACCGUGUACCUGUACCCAGUUUUCAGAAUACUUUCAGCCAGGCCAUGGAGGCAGCCUUCCUCAAGCUUGAUAAAGUUCCAGUUCUAGAGGCUUGUGCAGAUGAGAAGAAUGGGAAGAAGAAGAAGAAAAAGCAGAAGCUUCUUUUCAGCACUUCAGUAGUUCAUACAAAGUAAUGUAGACACCUGCCCCAUUUUACCCAUCCCAGUGCCACAGACAGCCACUACCUAUAUUUACAUCAGCCACUGCCUGGGUGAGAGUUUUUGUUUUUAAUUUGCUGCUGUAGUUUCAGACACCCAACCUUGGUUGUUUUUUUUUUGGUUGUACUUCAAAUCUGUAACAGAUUAGUGAAAGCA